CCGGUGUAACGUAAAUCCUGCCAGACAAGGCUGUGCCGGCCAGCACUGGUGAAGUCGCUCAGUUCCGUUGUUGCAUCUUGCACUUUAUUCUCCCAUUGAGGGCAGACUGUUGGUGGUAGACGAGUGAAGAGCUGUUUCGGCAGUCUUCUCAGUCUGGUUGGACGGACGGGGAAGGUCCUGGUGCCUCUCACAAGAUGUGGUAGUUGCGAUUCGCACAGCCAGUUCACACGAAUCUUAUCACUUCAGUCCUGUCUGGAGGAGCCAGCGAGUUUCUCACUUCAUCACUUUCCACAUCGCAGGGAUUCUCGGCCAGGGAGGCAGGCAUGGCUAGCAUUACGCCUAGCUCUUCGCAGCAACCUCCUUCGCUGGCAAAUCUCCCAGCGCACGCCGCAGCCAGUCGCGGAGACUUGACCGAGCUGAAGCGCUUGUACAGCGAUAACCGGUACCGUCCAACUCGAAGCGAUGCUGCGACCGGUGAGACGCCGAUGCACGCCGCGGCGAGGUCGAAGCGACUGGAAACUCUGCAGUUCCUGUUGCAGGACAGCGGCGUCGACCCACAGACUCGCGCCAAAAAUGGAGAAACGGCCGCACACAUAGCUGCCCUGGAGGGUUGGGUAGAAGGCCUUGACGCUUUGUGUUCAUUCGACGAGCGACGACGAAUUCUCAUCAUUACGGACCAAGAUUUGCAAGGCCUUACACCGCUACACAUCGCCAUUAUUCGCUGCAAGGAACCCCUCGUACAAUGGAUACUGGAGCAUUUUUCCGCCGAACAGCUCAAGCUGAAGCAACGUGGAUCCUUAGCGGUGCACUUCGCUGCGGCUUCAGGCAAUCUGAUAAUCCUGAAGAUGUUAGUACGCCACGCAGGACAAGACUGUGUACACGUACAGGAUGAGAACAGCACAACACCGGCUUACUUUGCCGCUCAGGAGGGCCAGGUGGAGACUCUCAAGUACCUGAUUGUGGAGUGCGAUGGCGAUGCCAAGGCAAAGUCCAAUGAUGGCAUGCAGCCAAUCCAUGCAGCAACGCAGAACGGCAAGGCAAUGGCUGUCAAGUGGCUUGUCGGCAAGAUGGGUCGCAGUCUGCUACAAGAGCGCACCAGUGAUGGAGCAACUCCAGUGCACUUUGCCUCUGCGGGAGGUCACACGGACAUCUUGAAGUGGAUGUUGAACUCACAGAAUGGCUCUGCCCUGGCCAAGGUGUGUGAUACGCUGCAGUCUACACCAAUACACGACGCAGUGGACUACGGUCACUUGGAGUGUGUCAAGGUGCUGCUGAAGCACAAUGCUGACCUCUUCGCUGUUGAUGAUGACGGCACCAGUCCAUACAGCCUGGCCAUGUCACAAGGCGACACGGACAUCAAGAAGUUUGUGGAGGACUACAUGCGACAACGUCGUCUCAAGCCGCCGGUGACGCACAGUCUGUCGACCAGCCAGGAGUGGGAAGAUCCGGCGUACCGGCCGGUCGGCAGCGCGCAAGCGUCUGUAAAGCACCCGUCCGUACCAUCCACAUCACAGAAGGACAGCCGUCCAGCGAGCAUGGUGGAGGAGAGCAACAGCAGCGUGCAGACACUGGACUCCCACACUCAGCAGAUCCGCGUUGCACAGCAGCAGGUCAUGGCCCAUCACCUGUCCACGGCACUGGAGGUGGUCAGCGAGCAGCAGUCGUCCGAAGGCAAGCGUCCACUCCGCCGUCGCAGUACCCGCGAGAUCGUCACCGGCAACCCGAACAGCAAACACGGCGACACGGUGGCAGCAGGGCUUGCACUGAAGCCCAGCUCACCUGUGAAGCAGCACUCGGCACCUGCUGGACAACUCGACCUGGAGAGACCCAUUGUGCACAAGAUCGAGCCAACCAGUCCAAUGACGGCGUUUGCCGAGGACGACACACCUAGCGAGGAGGACCAGCCCAAUGACACCGGUAUGAAGGCUAAGGUGUCCUCAGAAGACCGCCGUGAUCCCGACGGUCAGGAGCACGGUGUUGACUCAUGGUUCUCGGGAUCACGUGAACGCGCCGGCACAGUCAGUGAUCGCCCACCCAUGGCACUGCCGCUCAGCACAAGCAUUGACGAUCCUGAUGUGGCCGAGGGGGCAGAAGACGAUGACGGUAACCCAAGGAAGAGACACAUGCAGCACACCGCCUCGUGGUAUUCGUCCGACGGCGAAUCAACACUGGACAGAUUUCAGCAGGCUAAGAACGCACCGGAUAGUGGCCGGGCCGGUCGCAAGCUCAGGUCCAAGUCCAAGCGUCCACCUGCAAUGCAGUACAUGCCCAUGUUCCAGCCGAUGAUGACACCUUACGGUCCGAUGAUGACACAGACGUUCAUGCCCGUUCCAGUGCAGCAGACAAUGCCACGCGCUGCAGCGGCGUCAUCACGCAAGCAAGGCCGACACAGCCGCCGCAGCGAGGACAAGACUGCUGCUGCAGCGGGCGCCAACGGUGAACCAGGUCCCGAGGAGCAGUCAUCCACGUUACGUAUGUCCGGUUCUAAACCCUCUCUCGGUGUGGUGAGCGAGGAAGGUGAACUGGACGACGAGGGGGGCGAGUAUGAUGGAGAGUCAACGCUGACAAAGUCCGUCAAGGAGGAGGACGCGGUGGAAAAACCGAAGAAGAAGUCUCGCCGAGGUGAUGUGCGUGUGUCCACUCGGGGCAGCAGUCGACGGCGCCGCACCAGUACAACGCCGUACGGCGUGGUUCCGGCUGCAAUGUCUGCACGACAAGCUGCAAAGGCCAAGUCCAUGCCACGUGGAAUGAUGCCUGGAAUGAUGCCUGGAAUGAUGCCAGGGAUGAUGCCAGGGAUGAUGCCAGGGAUGAUGCCCGGGAUGAUGCCCCCGAUGCCAGGGGGAAAAAUGUCCGGAUCGAUGCCCAGAAUGAUGCCAGGUAUGAUGCCCGGGAUGAUGCCAGGGAUGAUGCCUGGAAUGAUGCCAGGGAUGAUGCCCGGGAUGAUGCCCCAGAAAGGUGGCAAAAUGCCUGGCACAAUGCCCGGGAUGAUGCCUGGGAUGAUGCCAGGUGCGAUGCCAGGUAUGAUGCCCGGGAUGAUGCCCCCUAGAAUGCCCACUGGCCAAUCCGGGAAGGGUAAAAACGCCUCGCCCCAGAAUGCCGGCAUGAACAUGCAGAAUUAUGGCAUGUUUCCUAUGAUGCCGGGAAUGCCUCAGAUGAUGCCAGGACAGGCUGGAGGCAUGGGACAACAGCAGCACGCAGGCAUGGCAAUGUCCCCAGCACCGACACUACAGUCGCCCACAGUACCGCCGCGUCGUGCCAGCGUGUUCAAUCGUAUCCUCGGCCGCAAUACCAACUCUGCGCCGGACCUGAGGGAAGGCCAAGGUGGUGAAGCGAGAUAUGACACGGUGGCGCAUGAUCUGGAAGACGAACAGGAUCUCGAUUACAAGGACGGUUCGACUAUUGCGGAACUCAUCAUCAAUACAUCCGUUAUCGGAAUGGGAAUUGUUGCUGACAUUCCGAAGCACAAGAGUCUGCGCAAUGCACUUUCCAGCAGCAACUUCAUCAUGGCCAAAAAGCAGUCGAUUGCCGCCUCAUCGGGCCUUGGUGAGCCAGUCAGCUUGGAUGAGGCACGGCGUAUGACGGAAGAGACCCAAUCCAGCACGUAUGAGGAGCCUGCAAAGCUGACACGGCCACGACCACUUGGUGAUAGCAAGCCAAAGUCUAAACCAUUCCAGAAGCUGUCAAAGAAGCUGAGUUUCCGCCGCGGCGGCGGCAGCGUGCCCGACCUGGAUGACUCGCGACCGUCCAGCGCCUGGGAGUAUGACCAGCACAUGGAGAAACGUGCCGGAGAGAACUGGAUGAGCGGAGACAUGCCUGAAGGGCUAGCCGCCCUAUCACCAUCUGAUGCCAGGCCUGCCAAGCAAGUCAAAGAAAGCCGGAAGAAGAAGGCCUCAACCACUGCACCGCCGCCUGCUGCUGUUCCCAGUGCCGGAGGGCUACAGGUUGGACGCAAGACCAGCGGCAGUGCAUCCAUGCUGGGAAUAUUCGCCGGCGGUGGAGGACAGCCCGUCAAUCCUUACCACCUCAACAGCUCGGCUGACAAAGGCGGUCUGGACACCAGCCUGUUUGAGGAGAAGAAACCUGAAGCACAGAAACCCGAGUAUCAGAAUACUGGAGCACCACACGCUCCUAAACCUGACUAUCAGAAUGCUUCAGAGCAAACCUCAGCAGCACCACCUCCGCCAGGUCCGGCACCUCCACCUCCGUUCGUUGAAGAACCGAAAACGGAGGACGCAGAGAAAGCAGCCGACGAAGAAAAGGCGACCGGCAAGUCUAGAGUCCCGCGGUCAUCUCUCAGUGACCUUUACGCAAAACCAUCAAUGAAGGGCUCCCCUACCGGUGCAGCUGCUGCUCCCAUGAAUGCACAGCGCAAGGUAUCUCCCAGUGCGUAUUCUAAACCCAUGCCUAAAGCCCUGCGCCAGGUUGCAAAGAUAAAGGACAACGAAGGCCAAGCAUCGGUGAGUACGGUGGCCAGUACGGCUAAGGCCAGGCAGCAUAUCGACCGUGUGGUGAAGACUGAUGUGACGGCCAUGCUCACCGACAGUGGUGAGGAUGGGUCUGAGUUUUCAUUCGCCCGCUCUGCAACUCAAGACGCGGGCGCUAGCAAGGCGGACGCGUCAGCUUCCGCCGUGCCGUCCAUAGAUGCCGACGAUCCGUUUGGUCUGUCUGAGCUUGCCCUCGCUCUGCAGCUUGCAGGAGAGGCCGAGUACUGGAAGGAGUCGUUGUCCUUUGAACCGCAAACUGAUGGUAAACCUCAGGCAGAGUUCAAGAGCUCCGCAGCAGUGGAAGCGAGUGCCGCAGCCGCUGUUGUCUACGACGAUUCCCUACUGGACGCGCGUAAGAAAUCUGAGCGCAGCAAGGCGCAGCCAUCGCAGGGUGUGCUUGGCUCAUCCAAGGCAGGAGGCGGCGGUGGACCACCUCCACCUCCUGCGCCAGCACCCGCCCCUCUCGUCGUCACGGCAACACCGGCAACAGCAUCCGAUGACGUCAUGGCAACCAUAGCAGCGCUGAGCAACUUUGGCGAGUCUCCGCCAAGCUCACCACAACCCAGCGUUCCACAGCGCAACUCCAGCAUGCCCUACGCAGAGAAGAAGAUUGUGAAGGGCCAGCCAAAGUCCAGCUGGAUCAACGCGUCCAACUCAUCACGACUCGCACCCAGUAAGGCAUCACCGUUCGCACCAGCGUCCACCAAGUCAGCAAUGGUCAAGGUGGCCACCACUGCGCCAGCACCAAAGCUGACCAUUGUAUCGGAUGGUAGUGGUGCUCCAACUGCUCCACCACCACCCCCUGCUGCUGCUGGUAUCGGCAGGGGCAAUGCGGCCGGUAGCUCGGCACUCAGUGUUCCUGACGUUAGCGCACAGCCAGGUACACCCGGUGCUGCGCGCAAGAUGUGGAAACAGAUGGUGCAGAAGAAACCCUCAGAUAUGGCCACAGUAGCGGUACAAGCUAAGGAUACUGCCAAGAGCACACCACCUCCACCACCGCCAGUAUCGGUACCAGCGCCGGCCGCCGUGAAUGGGAGGAAGCCCUCGACGAGCAUUGUUGCUAGCGCUGCAUCAUCAGUGACUGCCAAUCCACCUCGCACAUCAAAGAUCUCGCAGAUGAACUCUAAGCCACCGGACCCGCCGUCCGAGGCUAGUGUUAAUGACGAGCUGGCCAAGGUGUUUGAGCGGCGGCGCAACAAGGUAGCUCAGAACGCUUUCCUCAACGAAUACAAGAAAGCGGCGGUAUAAGAAUAACGCCGUUGGUUACGCCAGAGAGUUUCUAUAAAUAUUGUAGAAUGAGAACUUGGCACUGUGUGGUUGUAUUUUGAAAAAUAAUUGUUGAGCAAUGAACUGUGCAUAUUGAGAUCAUUAUGAGAAUUUCCAGGAUGUUUUCAAAACACUAUGAAUAUACUGUACACGGUUUGCACACUCAUACUACAUGCUACUGCAUUAUAGUAGUGUCAAUAUACAUAUUCACUGCUUGCUUAUAGCACACGUCGUCACACAUACUACUUACAGCACUGCUUGCUUAUAAAAUUCUAUGUUUUUAUCACACAUGUACUGCGGUUUCUAAAUAAGCUGCAAACAAGAAUAUGUACAUCAAGUACAUCACUACUUACUUCUUCACCACCGGACAAUUAUUUUAUAUACAUGGGGAUCAUUGAAGUGGCCUCCUUGGAUAA